AUGUUAUUUCGCUUUUGAGAUUUUAGCUUUACGAAAUAAUAUCCUCAACCGUUUGAUGUUCAAGAUUGUUACUUGAAUAAAAUAAACGGUAUAGUAAACAAAUUUAAUGUAAAAAUAAGAAAUAUGUCGCGAAAAAAUGUUCAAACUGGAUUUCAACCGGAUUCCGAUGUUUAUAUUACGUACGAAGAUCAACAAAAAAUUAAUAAAUUUGCAAGACAAAAUGCUAAACUGGAUGAUUUAAAAGAAGAAUUGAAAAUUAAACAGAACGAAUUAAAAAACUUAGAAGAUGCAUGUGAUGAAAUAAUCCUCUUAGAGGAAAAUACAAGAAUUCCAUACUACAUUGGCGAAGUUUUUAUUCAUGAAGGCUUUGGAAAAACACAGAAUUAUUUAGAUCAGAUUAAAGAAAAAAAAAAACAGGAUAUCUUAAAUUUGGAAAGCAAAUGUAUUGAUUUGAAGAAUAUUAUAAGUCAAUUAAAAGUACAACUAUAUGCAAAAUUUGGUAGCCGUAUAAAUUUAGAAGCAGAAGAGGAUUAAUUCAGUCAAACAUAUACAUACACUUUCUUUUAUAAU